UGUAAAUCAGUAUGGAACAAAACUGCGUUCAGAAGUGUGAAGAAAACAUAUUGACAUGGAACAAUUCAAUUAAUCAAAAGUGAAGGGACAGUGGGUUUUAUUAACACCAGUGUGAUUGUUUUAGCAGCCCCGUGUGUAGAAAUAACUAUGAUGUCUUUUGUAUGCCGUCAGAGUAUAUUAGCAUUUGCAUGAGGUUUACCAGUGCAGAGAGCAAACGAAAGGAGAGCGCAAAGAAACUGGAAGCUUUUCAGUCCAGGAUGGCUCAUGCAAAGAGGUUUUCUCAAAUCCCCAUGUCUAAGUGCAUGCGAGAUCUCUGUAAAGAGGAAGAUUACACUUUCCUAAACUGUCUUGGGAAGCAGGAUGAGAGGCUGGAGGACAGUACAUGUCUGGAGAGCGAAUAUCAGGAAAAGCAAGAAGAAAGGAUCCGGCAUCGACAGGAGCGCGAGCAGCUGGAACGAGAAAAGCAAUGUGAGAAAGAGGAGCAGCAGAAGGAGAAAGACAAGCAGUGGAAAAGCCAUGUGGCCGAACUGGCGGUCCAACGCAAGGCCAUCCAUGCAAAACUAGACAGACUACGAGAAUUUAGGGACUUUCAGAAGAAAGUUGUGCUUCAGGAUUUGGGUCUGGAUCCAGGUUCUGAAAAUGAAUCUGUUAAGCACCUUCUGAUGAGACUGUAACUGGGUUUACUAGUAAAUAAUGACAUAAUUAAAGAAUUAAUUAAAAUAAUUUGAACUGAAUUGAAAGAAAUUUAGCAUUAAAUCAAUUGUUCACCUUUGCAGUGAAUGCUGAAUUUCUCCAAAUCUGUUCAGAUGAAUAAAUAAACUCAUCUAUAUCUUGAAUGGCCUGAGAGUUAGAAUUUUCAGGACAUUUACAUUUUUGGGUGAACUAUUCCUUUAACAAGCUAUCAAAGUCUUAAAUGAAAUAUAUUGUUAUGCAGUGAUCAUAUAUCUUUGCAAGAUGUGUUAAUAUUUAAACCUAAAGCAGAAAGUGUGUAUAAAAUAACAUGAGUGAAAUCAUAUUUCUACCUCGUUAUUAAAGCCACUAACUGGAGCGAGUUAGAAUAGAGUGAGUUAUGUUCAGUGUUCAAAAUGAUUAAAUAACAAACUCACUGACUCUGUGGCAAAUAAAUUGCAGCU